AUGUAAAAUCUUUAAUAUAAAAAGUUAUAUAAAGAAAUAGAAAUUAUUGGUAGAGGAACAUUUGGUAAAAAAUAUAUAUAUUUAUUAAAUAAUAUAGUAAACUAAAAUUAAAUAUAUAUUAUAAUUAAAGCUAAUAAUUUUAUUUAUAAAAAAUAUAAAACAAGGAUAUGCAACUCUAGUUUAAAAUUUUUAAAAUAAGCAUCUUUUUGUAGCUAAAAAGAUUAUUUUAGGAAGUUUAACUAAAAGUAAUAAGAAUUAUCUUUAUAAGAAGUUAUAUAAAUUAUUAUUUUUAAAAAAUAUAUUAAAAUAUAAUACUUUAUAAAGGCCUGUUUAUUAAAAGAAUUAAACCAUCCAAAUAUAGUAUCAUAUGUAGAAAGUUUUUAGGAAGACGAAUUAUUAAUUAUUAUAAUGGAAUAUUGCCAAGAAGGCGAUCUAUCAUACCAUAUAAAAAGAAAAAAAUAAAAAAAAGAAUAUUUUCCUGAAAAACUUAUAGCUCAUUGGUUCCUUUAAAUUGUAUUUUCUCUAAAAUAUAUACAUGAAAAAAAAAUAUUACAUAGAGAUAUAAAAACUUCAAAUAUUUUUCUAACAUCAAACGGUACUGUUAAAUUAGGUGAUUUUGGAAUUUCUAAAGUUUCUGAAAAUACAGAUUUAAUAGCUAAAACUGUAGUAGGAACACCUUACUAUAUGAGUCCAGAAGUGUGCGAAAGUAAAGCAUAUACAUGCAAGUCAGAUAUUUGGGCUUUAGGUUGUGUUCUAUAUGAAAUGUGUACGUUAUUGCAUGCUUUUGAAUCUGAUAAUUUGCUAGGAUUAAUAUAUAAAAUUGUAAAUGAAAAUAUUUAGGAUAUACCUUGUUUUUAUUCUAGAGAAUUAAAUUAAUUAAUAGGUUAAUUAUUAAAUAAAAAUGAAUAUUAAAGAUUAACUAUUUAGGAAAUUUUAAAUACUUAAUACAUAUAAAAAAUGUUUUAUGAAUUUGCAGAAGUAAAAGGUGAAAAUGAAAAUAAUUAAUUUAACAAUAAUAAUAAUUAUAUAAAAAAUAAUAUAAAUGUAGAAAAUAUAAAUGAUAAUAAAAAUGAAAUGGAUAGUAAAAAUAAUAAUAAUAUUGAUAAUAAUAAUAAUAAUAAUAAUAAUAAUAAUAAUAAUAAUAAUAAUAAUAAUAACAAUAACAAAAACAAAAACAAUUUUAAUAUUAAUAAUAAUUAAGAUAAUGAAGAAUAAAAUAUUUAAACUGUUAUUUAAUAAGAUUAAUUACAUUAGCAAAAUAAAAAUAGGAUUUAAUAAUAACUUCAUUAAUAAAAUGAAGAAAAAAAUAAAGACGAGAAUUAUAAUAGUACUGUUAGAAAAUCUGUUUAAAUUUAAGAAAAAAUAUAAAUAUAAAAUAAUAAUAUUUUCGCAUAAAAAUAAAAUAAUUUAUAUAAUUAUAGUGAGGAAAAUUAUAAUAAAUUGAACAAUACUAAUGUUUUUAAAAAAAAAAAAUGCAUAAAAAAUAAAUAAGAAUAAAAAUAAAAUGAUGUUUUAUCAAUAUAAUUAAAAAAAAUAAUAAUAAUAAAAAUAAUAAAAAUAAUAAUAAUAAUAAUAAUAAUAAUAAUAAUAAUAAUAAUAAUAAUAAUAAUAAUAAUCAUAAUACAAACAUAUAAAAAAAAAUAGUAUUGA